AUGGAUAAAUAUACCCUCGCAACACUACUCAGGGACAGUCCCGAUGAAGCUUUACUUGACGCUGUAGACAUGGGGCAAGACCAUAACGACAUUAUCACGCUACUCGAGGCAGAAUUGCAGCGCAGCGCGUCUCGUCUCCAGCGCCUGAAGGAAUACAGGAAUCAACUCGCUUCGCCCAUGUACCGCCUACAUCCGGAGCUUCUUUCUCGGAUUAUGUCCAUCUAUGCACACGGGAACCACGAGCUUUAUAAUUUGCGAUGGACGAGGUUGAUCCUCGUCUGCAGACGGUGGCACGACAUGGCCAUGCACUCUUUGAGCCUUUGGAGCUUCCUCGAUAUUGCAACUAUCCGCCCACCACCCAUGACCAAGAGUAGCAAAUACGAAGAGACUGAAGCGCAACAUGUCAGGCGCAUAGAGAUGCAGCUAUCCCGUGCGGCACAGUCACCGCUUUCGGUCAUAUUGGAACUUUAUGCGGAGCCUUCCGAGGCGAAGCUACCCUACACUUCAAUGUUCUGGGAUCCUUCGUCGCUUCACGCUCUCCGCCUGUCGGGGAGACCUGAUGCUAUUGAAAAGAUCAUGCGCGCGCUUGCUUGUCAUAAGCAUGCCACUCUCAGGACCCUUAAGCUGCAAUGCUAUAACAGCACCGCCUCCACGCUCGCCUCCAUGCAGACCUCCCUGGAUGUCGCUCUCAGGGAUAAUCUGCCACAGCUCUGGCACUUAUCGACUGAGCUUACAUUUGACUGGGCUCUGGUGCGCGGAUUGCGAAGCCUACGGGUUUCUUAUCUCAGGGAUAUAUCAUUGUCUUUCACUCUUCUGGACGUGACCGAUGCCCUAUGUCGUUGUCCUCAAUUGGAAGAAUUGGAGAUCCGUCUCCCAGGCACAUAUCAACCUGCCUCAAAUCCUGCAUUGGCCUCUCCAAUUUUACCCUGCCUCGAGUUGGCCGCCGUCGUAGCUCCACUUGGAGUGUGCAACCAGCUCCUCGAGAGGAUCUCCAACCUUCCGAGCUCGACCAGACUAUUCAUUUCAGCCGCGGACCUCUCGCAUGACAUCCCUUCACUCUCAACGCUAUCGUCACACAUCGGUGCUCAUGCUUGGGGCGAGGAUGCACCUGUAAUCCGGUCUCUAGUGGUGACCGAGGCGUCCACACACGAGUUUCCCCCGAUCCCCAAUUCUCGCCGGUUGGGAAUCAUUGGCCAGAUGAUCCCACUACGGCUAACCAGCACACCGGCGACGAUCAACUGGGCGUAUGACAAGAUGUACGGAACGUCGUCUUAUGUCGGUGCCCAGGUCGUGGUACCAACGAGCGCGGGACCACAGUUCUUGAAGAGCGUGUUCCAAUUUUGGCCACUCUCUGGUGUCACACAUCUGGACUUGAGGUCGAUGUUGUCUAUGCCAGACCUUUUGCCCGUUCUCUUUGCGGACGCUCCUGCGGUGACGACCGUCGUCUUGAGGCCCGAAACCCCGAUCGCGCGGGAUGUUGUCGAUGCCCUUCGGUCGCAACUGCGAGAAUACGGAAGACGCGUACUUGCCCACAUCGCCUUCGACGCCGGACGGAUCGUCAAUAGGCAGCCUCAGGUUCAAAAUGGAUGGCAGAACGCCUUGGUGCCGUCCAGUGCUGUGCUGGCACGACACACCCUCAUGAUGGCAAUGCUGUAUUGCAGGGAGGUUGCGUCCGCGGGUGUAGCGGUGGACACAGUCGAGAUCUAUAACGAGCAGUAUGAUACGAGACAUCGCUUGUUGGGUCCUGUGGAGAGCGUUAACUGGUCGGAGCUAUACAAAGAUCUUCGGCACGGCUUCGUUUAUGAGGGACGUAUGCACAGCGACGAUCCGGAGUAUGAUGGCAAGGCGUGGAACUCGUUCGUUGUAUCGGACGCAAUGUAG